UCGGCGCCCCUACCCUCUCCUUCUCCCCUCUCCCUACACCCUAGACACAUUCGACCGCGGCGACCACCUCCUCCCACGGCCACCGUGCCCUCGUCUCCAACCCCUAGCCGCCGCCUCCAACCUCCACAGCGCCACUACCUCCCUAGCGCCACAGAUCCAACCCAAGCGCCCCGUGCUCCGCCGCCGCCCCGUCCCCUGCCGCACCCACGACGUCACGGCCGUGCGCCACCCACCUUCGGAUCCCUCCGCCCGCUUGCGCCAUUGCUCCCUCUCCGCCUGCGGGGCCGCGCCCCUCGCGCUGCUCCCCGACGACACGGGCCUCGACCCGCGGGGCUCGUCCAAGUGGGGGGCGACCGGUGGCGGUGGCACCAGCGUCGUCGCGAGGGGGCCGCGAUUGGCGGGCGACCCGCACCUCUUCCGUCUUCCUCCCCUCGGCCUCGAUUCCCCAAUCCACCAAACGCCGCCGGCGGCCCCUAACCUCUUCUCCUCUCCCUGGCGACUGGCGAGGGAGGAUCCAGAUCCACUCGAUCGUGGCUGCGGCGGCCACGCACCGGCAGAGGAAUCCUCCUCCUCCGACACCAUCGCCUACGCGCCCUCCUCCUUCAACCCCCUAGUCCCCUGCCGCGUCCAGCCUCCACAUACACCCCUCCUCGCGCCCGACCGAAAGCCUAGCCAGCGGGCGGCCAUGGCGGACGAAGCUGCCGCACGCCGGAGGUGCAGCGCAGGCCUCUCUCCUCCAAGACCCUGACAAUGUUUGCUUGGUGUGUGGAGAGGGCCAAAGGACAAGAUGCUUCAAUCCGGCGAGGACAGAGCCAAAGGACCAAAGUUUGUUCAUCUGUUGCCAAGUUUGGUACCAUCCCGUGGGGAGGGCCAGGGACAAGCUGCUCCGAUCCGGCCAGGAUGCCCACCAUCUAUUGUUGCCAAGGCCUUGAGGUUAAGCCUAACCAGUCCGUCAAUGUUUCACCUGAUGACGAGCACUUUCUCCAUCUCUCCCAGGGUGCCCUUGGUGAAGUGAAGAAGGAUGACAAGGCAACCAUGUUCGUCAAGAUCGGCGACCAGAAGUUAGCCAUCAGGACCCUCUCUACUGACAAGUUCCCUCAGAUUCAGUUCGACCUCGUCUUUGAGAAGGAGUUUGAGCUGUCACACAAUUCCAAGACAUCCAGCCUGCUAAGGGAGAUGAAUAUCCUUUUCUAUACUGCCUUUUCUCCUGCUUCCAUGAUGGAUUUUUAUUCCGAGGAUGAAUCUAAGGAGGAGGAAGAGAAGAUCAUCCCAGCACUCACCAAGGAAAAUGGAGCUCUAGGCUGAAGAAUUUGGAUGAUGGGAAGGCUUCAUCUUUGUAGCUAAUUAUAUGUUCGUGCGUGAUUAAAAAUAUGUACUGGUUGUAAUAUACUACUACAUAGCAGUACUUUUGAAGCUGUUCUAAAUUCUUGGAUGAUGUGAACUAUGGCAUGCUUGUAAUAUAUAUAUAGGACGCCCAUAUGGGACACCUAGGUGUCUAUUCUACAA